AUGCGCCCCGGGGGCCCCGCCGCCUCCCCGCCGCGGAUCCUCGGCCUCCUGCUGCUCCUACUGCUGCAGCUGCCCGCGCCGUCGAGCGCCUCCGAGACCCCGAAGGGGAAGCAAAAGGCGCUGCUCCGGCAGAGGGAGGUGGUGGACCUGUAUAAUGGAAUGUGCUUACAAGGGCCAGCAGGAGUGCCUGGUCGAGAUGGGAGCCCUGGGGCCAAUGGCAUUCCUGGUACCCCUGGAAUCCCAGGUCGAGAUGGAUUCAAAGGAGAAAAAGGGGAAUGCUUGAGGGAAAGCUUUGAGGAGUCCUGGACACCCAACUACAAGCAGUGUUCAUGGAGUUCACUGAAUUAUGGCAUAGAUCUUGGAAAAAUCGCGGAGUGUACAUUUACAAAGAUGCGUUCAAACAGUGCUCUAAGAGUUUUGUUUAGUGGUUCGCUUCGGCUAAAAUGCAGAAACGCAUGCUGUCAGCGUUGGUAUUUCACAUUCAAUGGAGCUGAAUGUUCAGGACCUCUUCCCAUAGAAGCCAUAAUUUAUCUGGACCAAGGAAGCCCUGAACUGAAUUCAACAAUUAAUAUUCAUCGCACUUCCUCUGUGGAAGGACUUUGUGAAGGAAUUGGUGCUGGAUUAGUGGAUGUUGCUAUCUGGGUUGGUACUUGUUCGGAUUACCCAAAAGGAGAUGCUUCUACUGGAUGGAAUUCAGUGUCUCGCAUCAUUAUUGAAGAACUGCCAAAAUAA